AUGGACUGCCACAGCAAAACGGUCACUAUAGCAGUCCCUGGGCAAGCCUCCUUCACAGUAAGGGGGAGAAAUAGGCUUGGUACACUCGAAAGCUUACAAGCCCUAAGCGAAUCAGAAUCAGUCGAAUCCAUGAUUAGCCAGAUCCCAGUAGUGUGGGAUUUCCCUAAGGUAAAGGAAGUGAAGUUUCUGGGGCAUGUGGUAAAGGCAGAAGGCAUAGUGGUCGAUCCCGCGAAGGUGAAAGCAGUAUCCAAGUGGGAACAGCCUACCAUGGUCACCGAGGUUCAAAGCUUCUUGGGCAUGGCAAGGUAUUACAAACGCUUCAUCAAGAAAUUCUCAAGGAUCGUACGACCACUCACUCAGCUGACAAAGAAGAACGCCCGAUUCACCUUGGAUGAAAAUGCGGAAGCAGCUUUCCAAGAGCUAAAAAUGAGACUUACAUCAGCGCCAGUGCUCACUCUUCCACAAGAAGGGGAGACGUUUGUGCUGUAUAGCGACGCUUCAAAGAUGGGUCUAAGCUGUGUUCUGAUGCAGAUCGAUAGGGUGAUCGCUUAUGCUUCUCGUUAA